AUGCCUACAAUAUAUGCUCGCUACUUCAAAGAACAGGAUAUCGAUGAAUUCCGCGAGUGCUUUUAUCUAUUCGCCCGUUCGGGCCAAAUCAACAAUUUGGACGAACUAACUGUUAUAAUGCGUUCCCUGGGUCUCUCGCCUACCAUUCAAGAACUGGUUUCGUAUCUGAAGCAGAAGAAUGGGAAGAUGAGUUUCGCUGACUUUUUGGACAUUAUGCACCAGCAUUCCAAGGUGGAGAGCUUGCCGGACGAGGUGAUUGCCGCCUUCAAGGCAGCUGAUCCCCAGAACAAGGGCACCAUAUCGGCCCGGCAGCUGCGCAAUCUCCUCCAGAACUGGGGCGAGGGCCUAUCCAUGCGCGAGGUGGACAACAUAUUCAGGGAGGCGAAUGUCAACAACAAUAGCACCGUGCGAUAUGCAGACUUUGUUAAGAUUGCUUGUGCCCCAGUUCCAGACUACUAUUAGACUACAUCCGGGUAUGGUACUACAUCCCGAUCAAUAC